CCGGAAGUGAAAGCGGAGGACUGAUGUGUGUGUGGAGUGCAGGAAUCUGUCGGUACCGUUUGUGUUGAGUCUCCCGGUUGACAAAAUGGACACGUUAAACAAACUCAAACAGUUUGACGCUUAUCCCAAAACUUUGGAGGAUUUCCGAGUGAAGACGUGGGGAGGAGCGACCGUGACCAUCAUCAGCGGUGUCAUCAUGUUAAUCCUGUUUGUGUCCGAGCUGCAGUACUAUCUGACUAAAGAGGUUCACCCUGAGCUGUACGUCGACACGUCGCGGGGAGACAAACUGAAAAUUAACAUCGACAUCAUCUUUCCUCACAUGCCCUGCGCCUAUCUCAGUAUAGAUGCAAUGGACGUGGCCGGCGAACAGCAGUUGGACGUUGAACACAAUCUGUUCAAACAGAGGCUGGACAAAGACCUUAAACCUGUCACCCUUGAGGCAGAGAAACAUGAACUCGGUAUGGCUGAUGAUGGCGAAGUGUUUGACCCCAGUACACUGGACCCAAACAGAUGUGAGAGCUGCUACGGAGCUGAGACUGAAGACCUCAAAUGCUGUAACACUUGUGAUGACGUGCGGGAGGCGUACCGGCGGCGAGGCUGGGCGUUCAAGAGCGCCGACACCAUCGAGCAGUGUAAAAGGGAGGGCUUCACACAUAAGAUGCAGGAGCAAAAGAACGAAGGCUGCCAGGUUUACGGCUUCCUGGAGGUCAACAAGGUUGCAGGAAAUUUCCACUUUGCACCAGGAAAAAGUUUCCAGCAGUCUCAUGUUCACGUUCACGCUGUGGAAAUACACGACCUGCAGAGUUUUGGCCUGGACAACAUUAACAUGACCCAUCUGAUAAAACACCUGUCGUUUGGUAAAGAUUACCCCGGCAUCGUUAACCCUCUGGACGAGACAGACGUCACAGCGCCACAAGCAUCAAUGAUGUAUCAGUAUUUUGUGAAAAUCGUUCCCACCAUCUACGUGAAAACUGAUGGAGAGGUGGUAAAAACAAACCAGUUCUCAGUCACCAGGCAUGAGAAAGUAGCCAACGGGCUUAUAGGAGAUCAGGGGCUGCCGGGCGUGUUUGUUUUAUAUGAGCUGUCACCCAUGAUGGUUAAAUUCACAGAGAAACACAGAAUCACAUAAAGCGCGAUAGGACAUUAAUAAUGUUUUCUCAUUAUUAAGUGUGAUCUUAAUGUAACUAAUUUAUUGAGAUCACAAAAUGAUUGUUUGGGUUUUAAGGAUAAGUCUGCUGAUAUUUUAUACUUUUCUUAUUGUCAACAAAUCCCAUGGAAAAACCCAACAGAGAACUGAUCCAGAGCCAGAUUUAUCUUAUUCCUCUGUGACAUCGAGCUCCACUGUUGUCCAAAAACACUGUUAAACUGGUUGACAUGUCCCUUCAUUACCACCAACACUAAUACAGUCACCACAUACACCGUCCUGCAGCUGGAAGCACUCACUACAGCACCAAACGUAGAUCAGUCCGCAGCUCAAAGUAGUUCCCAAUAAAUGCACUGUUCCCUCCUCCUACAGUGAGCAGCUGUUUAAGAAAAACAUCCCGAACAUCUUCAGAAGGAACUAGUGAGCUUGAGAACAUUGCUGGUUUCGGUCUUUUCAUGGGAUGUGUGUAUGUGACAGUAAGAAAAAUACAGAGUGUCGCCUGCCAUCUUCUUUAAGUUCUCUCCACACACAGACACUCUUUAUGUACAUUUUGUCACGUUUGGGUUUACUUGAUCUAUACAGUAACCUUAAAUAAAACUCCAGUCCCUCAGAUAAAGACAAGUGUUCAAGCAGGGUCUGAAAGAGUUUAAGAACCAGCUCAAUAUCGUGUUUCUGUUUUGAGUCUCUGACAAACUGAGGAGAAACCGCCUGAAACUCUGUUCUCUUUGAAUGUGAGGAUGUAACCAUCCGGGAGUUGUGAGCAGUUGAAACGAAAGAUUUUGGGUGACAUUUCCAUAAAGACAUGUACAAGAAAUACUUGAAACAAACUGAUUUAAUGACACUAUUUGAUUAGAAGCCACUAUGUGUAGGCUUUUCCAUCCAGAAGGAGGUUGGUGCUUGGAGCUCCAUCUCCCUGUGUUGGGUCUUUGAUGUCCUGAUGAUCAGGCUCACAUUGUGUCUCUGUCCGAUCACAACCAUUGAUGAUAGAAGUCCAGCAGGUCUACACAAACUUACACAAAAAUCCUACACAUAGUGGCUUUAAAAGAUUUUAAGACUGAAUAGGUGACUAAUUGAUUUGACACAAUCAGAAGCUGAUGGAAGUCCUGCAGUGUAAAUGGAGCCAGACAUUUAACAAGCCAAAUUCCUUCAGUGUUUUAAGCGUCAGUUGAGGUAAAACCGAGGAGCCGCAGCCAAAAUGUGCAUAACGUGGCUCAGUUUCUUUUGUCCCCCAGCUUUAACUUCGGCUCGUUCAACUUGGAAUAUGAACAUGAACCCCAAUCAGAAAAAUCACUGUGAUUUCAGUGACACAGCUUUCAGCCCUGCUUUUUCUUCCUCCCCUCUCCUCUGCGUUCAUCCUCCCUUUUUCUGACACCCAAUGUUUUAAAUUGAUUGCCACCAGAAAAUUGUAUGCAAAUUCUGGCCCUGUUUUAGGGGAAGUUACCUCCCUAACUGACAAAAUGACCCUUCGACGGACCCUUCCUUUAAUGUGUUCAUGCGGCGAUUUGGAAAUGAACUCUUCAUAUGAUUUUACCUCUUUUCGUUCUGUAUUCAGGAGUGUAAAUACUGUACAGACACAUCCAGCACUGCCUCAGAGGAAGGAGGGAAACGACUAAAUAAUAUAUGAAUCCCACCAGAUCGAGUGUUGCACUGCACUGUGUCAGUGUUAAAAACACAUUCAGAUUAAGUUGAUGAGAUUUUUUUUAAUAUAGGGAAAAGGGCUGCUUCUAUUUUGCUUGUUUCUUUCUUUCUUUGAGAUAAUGGAACACAAUCUGCCCUUUUUAGACUGCUGUUAAAAGAUAUGCUUAUGGGUUGUUGGUUUUUUUUUUGCUUUUUUUAAUUUGGUCUGUGGGAGUUGGGGAGUUGGGGAAUGUUAAAGAACCAUAACACAACCAGUUGUUUCAGAUGAUGGUGCUCCUCCUGUGGCCCUGUGAUACUCAGAAGUGUUAUUCUCAUCCAGAAGCUGUCAGCUAAUGACAGGGGCCGACAGGGAGGCAGCAGGAAGCUCCAGACCACAAGAAGACAGUGUGUAAACGUCGGGUUGACUGACUUUCUUCCUGACUCACGUGUUGAGUCACCAUAUGAGACCCAGAUGUUUCUGCCGGUUUGAUCUUCGCCCCUCUGUGUUUAUUUUUAGCCGAUGUCGACCGUCCUGAGUGUUAGACAGACAGAAACAGACCCAGCCGGGUGAGAUUGAAUUGGGUGAAUUUUUUCCAAAACUACCAUAUGAAUGUUUGGCAUUUUCUGACCCAUUCAUUACAAAUCAAACAUAGUUUAUAUUUACCAUCUAUUUUACAGAUUGGGACUCCGAAGUUAGCUUUUUCUUUUUCAAUUAUUGAGGUGUUCAAGGACGAUUGGAAAUCCAAAUUGUCAGAGUCUACUAAUAACAGUCAGUUUAGCAUCAGUGCAGUCCACACUGUCGGUCUGUCUAAUACCAAAUGCCACAGGUGCUUUUCUCUGUUAGCUACGGAGCAAAUGGGACUGCAAGUUAUUUUUGUGAUGCAUUAAUCUUAUUGUUUUUAAAUAAUCAGUUAAUAUAUAAUAUAUCGAAUGUCAGAUGAGGUUGUAAAUAAGCCCCUCACAAGGUCCCAGAGCCCAAGGUGACAAUGUCGUAAGUCGACCAACUGCCCAAAGCACAAAGAUAU